GAAACCCAACAAAAUGGUAUAAAACCUUUUUUAUUGUUGUCGUUGUAGUUUUUGACAUUACAUUUGAAUUUUGCAUUUUGGAAUGUCUUAGUUUUGUCAAUUCUCUUUCAUCCGUGCUAUUGUACGCGAUUUAUAAAAUUUCUAAAAUAUACAAAUUUUAUACGUGCAAUCCUCGCGAGUUUAUUUAACAAGUUCCUUGCCCAUCCUAAUAAUACAGUCCACUACAUAAAUUGGUCCAUAACGGCCGAAGAAAAGGAAUUCUGUAAAGUUAAUAAACACGCUGAGGCGAAGCCGGCGAUUGAAAGAGCGAAAACUUAAUUCAAAAAAAAUUUGUAUCGGCAAGCCAGGAGGCAGUGUAAGCUGCACCGAAGAGGAGCAAGCUAAAUCAGGGAUUUUGACGAGAAGACAAAAGGGCGAUACCAUUCGUAUCAGAAGCCGAUUGUCUUUUGUUUAUCCCGCGCGUGUGCUUCAAAUUUACCAUUCCAACGAAGACGUUUUUGGACGACGCGUUGCAGUGGCGCUACCUACCGGCGAAUCGCGAGUAACCUAGAGACUUUAUUUUACUAUAAGCUAGUUUCAAAUCUGUGUAGCAAAAUGGUAGAGAGCCAGGAGGUGCUUUCCUAUUUAAUAGGAAAGCGUCGUUACGUCAAAGGCUCACUUACAAGACUCUAUAACCAGUUGGGAGAAACCGAAAGACUGUCUACGGAAACUAUACAAUGCCGCUUAGAGCGUUGUGUUGUAGCGUUCCGCGAAUACGGCGAUUAUUGCGGCCGAAUUCUGGCAACUAACCCGGCUGAUGAAGAGGAUUCAGGUGAGUACGAUGACAAAUAUUUUGGCAUCAUGGCUUGCUACCAAGCUGAGCUUAACAAGCGAAAGGCCAAUGCUCCGCCUAAUCCGACACCCCAAAAAAGGCUUAUAAAGUUACCUACCAUAGAAAUGCCGCAGUUCACGGGUCAAUAUUCGAAAUAUAUCACAUUUAGAGAAAUGUUCAAAUCAGUUAUCGAAAAUGAUGUUUCUUUAGAUGACAUUCAAAAACUGCAUUAUUUGCGAUCAUUUUUAAAGGAAGAACCUUUAGAUUUAAUAAUUAAUUUGCCUCUUAUAGGGUCCAGCUUCAAGGAAGCUCUGAGGUUACUGGACCAGAGAUAUUAUAAUAAAUAUAAUAUAAUGACAGAGCUUUUGUCUACAUUGCUAGAUCUAGAUGUUAUUAGUAAACCUUCUCCUAGCAAUAUAAGACAUUUUGUGUCAACAAUUAAACAAACGUUGGCUGCCCUCAAAAAUAUGGAGGCGAAGGUAGAUGAAUGGGAUCCAAUUUUAAUGUUGAUUUUGACCCGCAAGUUAGAUGAACGUACAGCACGCGAAUACCAACUGGAUCGGGACAACACAAUGGACCCCACUGUGGACCAGCUUCUAGCGUUCCUUGAAAAAAGAGCGCUCGCUAUAGAGAAUGCUGGACAAUCCGCAGCCAAGUUGUUUACCACUAAAGUAGUCAACGCAGUGACCGCUAAGGAGAAGCGAGAAUGUUACUUCUGCACUGCUACCGGCGACGACCAACUCUACGUGCGCGACGCGCCGCCAGCCUCCAGUCGACCCGGCCAGCCAGAGUAAAGGAACGCCACAGAUUAUCAACACUAAAUUUGGUCACAUUAUCGCGGGUGGUCUGCCACCUCAACAUGAGGUAACGAAAAUUGUUUCACUUUUAUGUACAUGUGAAUCUGACAUUGCUACUACCAUAACUAAGUUCUGGGAUACCGAAAAGGUUCCAGAAGCAUUCCUAGAAAAGGAUGCUGAGCAUGACAUAGUCGAGAAUAACUUUAAGGCCACAGUUCAACUUUCGAAUCAUAGAUUUCAAGUGGAUUUGCCACUAAAGGUUCCCCUAAACGAGGUCAAUGCGACAUUAGGUGAAUCGUUUGAUCUUGCUCUAUAUAGAUUUUUAAACCUUGAGAAAAAAUUACAUAAAAAUAUAAAUUUAUUGACAGAUUAUAAAAAUUUCAUACAUCAAUAUGUUGACAUGGGCCAUGCUCACUUUGUAGACUUUCAGUCUUUUAAUUUUGACUCGGACGCUAUAUAUUUUUUACCCCAUCAUGCGGUGUUUAACGAGGCGAGCAAAACCACGCGCACACGUGUAGUUUUCGAUGGUUCUAUGAAGACAAAAAAUAAAGUUUCACUCAAUGACAUUUUACUCAAUGGUCCUAUAGUGCAAAGAGAUCUUUUCGAAAUUAUUACUUUAUAUAGGCUUGGCGACUACACGUUCAAUAGCGAUAUUAAAAAAAUGUUUAGGAAUGUUAUGGUCAAUCCAGAAUACACUACGCUGCAAAAUAUUUUGUGGCGCGAUAGGCUUGAUGAGCCAAUUCGGUGCAUUCGCUUAGAUACUGUCACGUACGGCUUAAAAUGCUCAAGUUACCUUGCAACCAGAUGUCUGCUCGAGCUUGCAAACAUGCAUCAAGCUGACUUACCGUUAGCUUCUUUCAUUAAAAAGAAUUGUGUUUAUGUUGAUGAUGUUUUAUAUUCGGAUAACGAUUUAACGGCUUUACAUGAGGCGAAACAGCAGCUAAAACGUUUGUUAAGCUUGGGUGGCUUCCAAAUGCAUAAAUGGUCGUCUAACUGCGAUGAGAUAUUAGUUGAUAUUCCUUUCAAUGAGAGACAGUUAGAUGAAAUUGAAGUUCAAAAAGAAAACAGCAGUAUCAAGGCCCUAGGAAUGACAAUUGACGCAAAGAAAGAUUGUUUUGUCAUUAAAUGCCCAAAUAACUUUUCAUUAAAUUCUAUAUCAAAACGACAGAUAUUGAGUGACAUUGCCAAAUUAUACGAUCCUCUAGGCUUUGUCAGUCCGAUUAUAGUAAAGGCUAAGGUGAUCAUGCAGAAACUGUGGUGCGAGAAAGUGGACUGGGAUGCUUGUCCACCACCGCAGGUAAGAGAGGAAUGGACUGAUUUUGCUACCAGCUUAGCGCAAAUGGAACCUAUAUAUUUGCAAAGAAACAUUCAGGUCCCUGACGACGCCGAAGCAGUACAGAUCGUCGGCUUCGCCGACGCUUCCAGCUCCACAGGCUACGGGGCUUGCUUAUAUCUGCGCGUAAUAGAUAAAGCAGGUAAAGUGACUGUCUCUUUACUCUGUUCGAAGUCUAGAAUCAAUCCGCGUAAGAAGUCCUUAACGGUUCCUAGGCUUGAAUUAAACGCUAUGCUGCUAUUAGCAAAACUUACAGCCAAAAUGUAUGACACUCUCAAAAUUAAAAUUAAAAUUGAUGAUGUUAUUUUAUUUUCUGAUUCACAAAUAGCUUUAGCAUUGGCUCACACAGAAAUUACUAAAUUGCAAGCAUAUGUGGCGAACAGAGUAAAAGUAGUACAGCAGUUGACCAAUAGAUGGCACUGGGGAUACGUCAGCACCCAUGAGAAUCCCGCAGAUUACAUAAGUCGAGGGCUAGGUCCACCAGAACUUCAUUCCUGCUCUAUGUGGUGGGACGGGCCUGAGUUCCUGCAUAAAAGGGAGUAUACAUUUAGUCAAAACAUACUGAAAGAAAACGCGGACAAUCUACCCGAGAUGAAGACAGCUCCUGUUGCUUCCACGUCCGCUGGUGUUAUAUUACUCACUCUGAAACAAAAAGAAAUCUCACAUAUGUUAGAAAAAUAUUCUGAUAUCAAUAAAAUGACACGAGUUUUGGCGUACAUUUUACGUUUUUGUCAUAACAGCAAACCUAACAAUAUUAAAAUACAAACUAGUUAUUUACAUAGUAAAGAACUCGAGCGAUCUUUAUCUUUAUUGAUUAAGCAUGAACAAAAAUAUUACUUCAGUAAGGAAUUAAGCUUACUGCGAACAGGUGAGAAUAUUAAGGGCCCUCUGAAACCUUUGCAUCCAUUUAUUGAUGACCAAGGUUUGUUACGUGUUGGGGGAAGGUUGCAAAAUGCUUCUAUUUCGUAUAAUCAAAAGCAUCCUAUGAUCCUUCCGAAGGGUUCCAAGCUAACCGACCUUAUUAUUUCGCGAGAGCACCUCAGACUCCUUCAUGCUGGUCCCAAGUUAUUAUUAUCUCAGUUAAACCAGAAAUAUUGGCUUUUGAAUGGUUUACGUCAAGUUAAAAAGAUUACUCACAAAUGUUUAAACUGUUUCAGAAUGAAGGCGACUUGUGCAAAGCAGCUGAUGGGGUCUCUCCCUACACAUCGUGUGACGCCCUCCAGAGCUUUCCAAGUUGUCGGUAUAGAUUAUGCUGGGCCGAUACAGAUAAAAAACUCGAGAAUUAGAAGAGCGUUACUAACUAAAGGUUACAUUUGUAUAUUUGUCUGCUUUAAUACCAAGGCGAUUCACAUCGAACUUGCCUCCGACUUGUCUACCGAAACGUUUUUAGCCUGCUUUAAAAGGUUUAUUUCGCGACGCGGAAUGCCCACCAACAUCUAUUGCGACAACGGAGGUGCCUUUAAGGGAGCAGCCAACCAUCUAGUUGAUUUGUACAGACUGAACAGCUCCAAAGAUCAUCAAACGCAGGUGCAAAAUUUUUCUAAUCGGCUUGGAAUUAAGUUUAAUUUUACACCAAGUUAUUCGCCUGUGUUUGCUGGUCUGGCCGAGGCUGCAGUUAAAAGUAUGAAAUUUCAUUUGAAACGGGUCUUACAGAAGAUUGUACUUACAUAUGAACAAUUGAAUACGGUUUUGUGCCAAAUAGAGGCGAUUUUAAAUUCUAGACCCUUGAUGUCCGUUUCUACAGACAUUACAGAUUUCAGCUACCUCACUCCAGGUCACUUCUUAGUGGGAGCUCCGCUCACUAGCUUCCCUGAACCAGAUAUCUCAGAAACGCCAGUUAAUAGGCUUAGGUUUUGGCGGGGUUAGUUGAGAGUAUGAAACAGUCAUUUUGGAAAACUUGGCAAACUUAAAUAUUUUACAAGCGAGACCGAAAUGGCGCGAUACCUUACCAGAUAUUAGUGUAGGUAAGAUGGUAUUAUUGAAGGAACCAAAUUCACCUCCUCUUUAUUGGCCGUUAGCUAGAAUUUCUAAGAUUUUCCCAGGUGGGGAUGGUAAAGUACGAGCCUUUGACGUUACUGCCCCUAAUGGUAAAGUUUAUAGAAGGUCACUGUCAGGUGUAAGUUUGUUACCUUUUGACAAUAAUUAGUGUGUUAUUAUUUUAAUUUCUAGAUAAAAAUGUCUAAGUUCUCUUGAUUAAUUCCAUUUAAUACAUUGUUUCACACAAAAGCUUUACAAUUUAAAUGUUGAAAGUAAAUUUAUAUAGAGUAUUAACCUUCUGAAAUAUGUGUUAUUGUUUUAAAUAUAAUUAAAUAUUUGUUAUAUUUUCUUAUUUGAAAAAGUUCUUAAAAAAGAACUUGAUCUUAAAAAAUGCUUUUAAUGUAUUUUAUAUUUUAUUUAUAAGGUCACAGAACAUACGAAUGUAGCUAUAUAUGUCUAGGUAUAAAGAUUCCUCAAUGUACCUAUUCUUAAUAUGAUGUACUGAUUAGAAUCUAUCUUUGCAUUUCUCAUUUUGUGUCUAAAGUUAAUUCUUAAAUGUUAAAUUUUAUCAUAGAUGAUUAUAAAGAUUGUCUUUAUCCCAUAAAGAAAUGGUGAGUGUAAGUUAUUACAUUAAUUUAGUAUUGUAUAACUUUCUUGAAAAUAUAUCAUUUCUGAGGCCGCAGCAUGUUGGAAACCCAACAAAAUGGUAUAAAACCUUUUUUAUUGUUGUCGUUGUAGUUUUUGACAUUACAUUUGAAUUUUGCAUUUUGGAAUGUCUUAGUUUUGUCAAUUCUCUUUCAUCCGUGCUAUUGUACGCGAUUUAUAAAAUUUCUAAAAUAUACAAAUUUUAUACGUGCAA